ACAAUAAUCAGAAAACACUCAUCCCAAUUCAUUUUCUCAAACUCCAAACACUUGAUUGAAAUCACAGCUCUUUCUCGUUUCUUCUUCAAUAUUCUAGCAACCUUCAUUAAAAUCUUUGCAAUUUCUUGGUCGCCGAUUCACUAGAAAAAAAAAUGAAUCUUGGUUGCUUAGAGGAUUGCAUGUUUGUGUCAGACAAGAAAAGCCCAAAGAUUGUUGUUGAUUCUCAGAUCAAAGAAGUGGAGGCUACCAAUGAGCCUUUGGCGUCAUCUUCUUCCAGAAUCGGGAAGAAUAAAUCAUCCAAAGAUACCAGCCCUUCAGCAUUGAAUGCUCUAAACAAAUUUACAUCUCAAAUUAAGAAGCCUCCACACCGGAAGAAUUCUCCUUUGAAUUGGUUCCCCCGGAAAAAAAUUGAUUCUUAUUUGAAAAGGAAAAUAAAGAUGCUGCAGGAAGUAGAUGGCAUGAAUUUAACUCUCGAUGAGACCCUGGAAGAUUCAAAUCCUCAUUACUGUAGAGUUUUGAGAGAGAAAAUGGCAGCAAGAGAGGCUGCACACAGGGCAAUUGAGGCUCGUAAAGCAGCACUGGUGGAAGCAUCUUGGUGUAGAAUACUCCAAGCAGCUAGGAUCCGUAGCAAAGAAGCAGAUGAACUGCUGCUGAAAGCUGAGAAAACUGCAGCAGAGGCUUUUGAAUCAGCAACAGCUUUGGGAGUGAUAAUGUAUGACAUUCCUAACUGCCCUAAGAGUACUUGUCAGAUUGAAGCAUCUACAAUAAAUAAAGCAGGUUCUACUACUCAUACUAUUAGAGCAUCUUUUGAAACGGCAUUUGAGGUAGAUAAACAAGUGGCUGCAGCCGUAAAGACUGCAUUCCUGAGGCUCGCAUCUUGUCCCUCUUUUGAUAAAGAUGAAUUUAAAGACCUUCUAAGGAAAAUCAAUGAGAAUCCAGAUACAGGUGAUAACAAUCUAGAGUCAACGGAGUUCUCUUCAGAUUGUCAAUCAUCAGAGCCAGCAUCAGAACUUGAGACAUUGACUCAAAAAGAUGAUUUUAAGUCUGAAGAUGGAAACUGCAAGAUGUCAGCUUCGGAGACUAGACAGAAGAAAAUUAAGAGGAGGCAAUCUCUCGAAAAGUUUAACCCGGAAAAGCUUGUUGAAAUUAUGCUUGAGAGGCUUAAAUGUUUACAAGAGGAUGAACUCUCAUCACUUGCUACAAUAGUUGCAACCUGUGGUUUAAAUGCUGCAUUGGAAGAAGUAGAAUACACUAAGCUUCAUAAUCCAUCCUCCGUUGAUGAUCAUUCCUCUGCUUCAGCUCUUUAUUUUGCUCGAAGAGCAUCUUCAUUUGGAGCAGGAACAGUAAGAAAAACUAACCAAACUGGACAAGUUGACUCGGAACUACCCAGUCUGGACAAGUUUUUGGUUAAGCACAUGACCAAGCUUGAACGAGAGGUACAAGAAGCCAGGAGCAGAAGAGAAGGGUCUAAAGAUGAAAGUGGGCAUACAACUCUGAAGCAGUCUUCAAAUUCUGAGGAAGAGAUUCAGGAGAAGGAAAAACAAUUCGAAGAGAAUUCUGGAAUGGACCAUAAAAAGUCAGAUGCAGAUACUUCUGUUGAGGCCAUUCAUGACUUGGGAAGUAUAUUGGUUAAGCACUCGUCAAAACUUGAAAAGGAAAUUCAAGAGGCAAAAAGGAAUUGUGGUAACAAAUAUGAGCUAAAUGGCAAGAAAAGGGGAGGAAUGUCAAAUGGGGUGCCUAGUCAUAAGAAUGGCGAUAUUCUGGAAGUACCUAGUCUGGAUAAGUUUCUGGUGAAGCAUGUCUCAAGACUAGAAAGAGAAGUUGAGGAAGCAAAGAGCAGAAGGAAAAAUGAUAUGGUUGAGAAAGGCAAGGUGGCUAACGGAGAAGUGUUUGAAAAAGAAAAUAUCAACUUGAAUAAGGAAGUAAAUAGAACUGAAAGUGAAGAUAGCCUGGAUAAAAUCCUGGUGAAGCCAGUUUCUAGGCUGGAGAGGGAAAAGAUGCAAGCCUUGUCAUCUGGAAGCAAUUAUGGAAACCCUAGCAGCCAUAAAAAACAAGGAGGUAUCACAGAUUGUGAGAGCUUGGACAAAGUUUUAGUGAAGCAUGUUUCUAGACUAGAGAAAGAGAAAUUGAGGUUCAAUGCAAAUAAAGAAAUGGUGAAGGUAAAGAGGGGGGGAGGUGUAAACAUGCCACAAGUGGAUGAUCAGGGUAGUCUGGAUCAAAUUUUGGUUAAACACAAAUCAAAAUUAGAGAAAGAGAAAAUGACAAGUUCUGAGCAAGCAAGCGAGCAAAUUAGAUUAUCUGUAUCUCGUAGAGAAGCAAGGGAGAGAGAGUUGCAAGAAGCAUGGGGCGGCUUAAGCUUAGGAAACUCCAUUAAGCAACAGGUGGCGGAUGAUCAGGGUAGUCUGGACCAAAUUUUAGUUAAACACAAAUCAAAAUUAGAAAAAGAGAAGAUGGCUACUUCUGAGCAACCAAGUGAGCAGAUUAGAUUCUCUGUAUCUCGUAGAGAAGCAAGGGAGAGAGAGUUGCAAGAAGCAUGGGGAGGCCUAGGCUUAGGAAACUCCAUUAAGCCACAUUUAUCCAGACUCGAACGAGACAAGGCUGCUUGGAGAAAAGCUGAAGAGGAAGAAAGGAUGCUAGCCAUGGAGUAGUAGUAGAGCCUGGUUAUAUCUAAUUUUUUUCUGGUUUCUGCGUAAAUUUGUACAAGAAACAUUGAGUUGAAAUGUUUAUCCUUAAUUUAUUUGUAUAAUUUUCUUUAAUUCUUUUUAUUGCCUAUCUCUCAUGGGAAUGCAAUACAAAUAUAACUUUCCUAUGA